AUGUACCUGAAACCUUCCUGGCUUGGUAAGAUCUUCCAAAGCUUCUACUCCACUGCUAUAACUUUCAACAACCCAGUGCCAAUUUGUUGCCAUGAUGAGGCACAGGAGGACUUUACUAAAGCUGAAUGUCCUACUGUGAAAGAUAUGGGCAGUUUGUCCCAGGGCUGGACGCCGGCCCAAGGUGCUGAAGGGGCGGAAGCAGUCUUCUCCCUUUCAGGGGUGUCCUGGUCACUCUGUUCGCUCUCCCGUGUCCAGCUCAGUCCGCCCAUCCCCCACCCCUCGCUCCUGACCCUGAAGAGGGCGGGGCAUAGGCACCCGGCUCAAGCGAGCUCCACAGUUAAGCUCCUUCCUCCCGAGGACCCGGGGGUGCCGCAGGUGUGUGUAUGUGGGGGGGCCUCUACCGCCCUCGCCCUCACGCUCCCCGCGGCCCCGCUUCGCCCGAGACUCCGCACGUCCGGGGAGAGGCAGGUGCGGGAGCAGAACAGCAGCAGCAGCAACAGCAUCACGCGCGGUUUUGAGGCGCCCGAGGGGUGUGUGCAGAACGAGGCGGGGCCCGGCUCGGGAGGGCGGGCCGCGCAUGCGCCUUGCCGGGCGCCGCUGGUGGAGCUGGGAGAUGGCGGCGGCGGCGCAGCGCUGAGCCCUGGAGGGGGGAGCCGGGGACGGGCUGCCGGCGGCGGGCGGCCCCAGCCCCAGCCCCGGCCACGGCCCCGGCCCCGGCCCCGCGGCGGGGAAGAGCCUUCAGCACCAGGAAGCGGACAGCUCCCCUCAGCCGGAGCUGCGCGAGCGGCCACAGCCCAGCAGCCUCCGGGCCCCGGCCCCGGCCCCACCGCAGACACGGCCAGCACGUCCAGAAGACUAGAUCCUAAGGAUCACCUAGAUGGCCAGAGAGCGACUUCCCCGACUCCAAAGCAGGCUGCUGCUCAUAGCCACGAAGGCCGCCGGGGGGAGGUGAGGACUCAUGGACAGGCUGGCCCACAGGUGGAUGGCCCCCAUCGGACACUCCAAGUGGACAGCAGGAUGCAGAGAACAGGCCGAUCUCCCUCAGUGUCUCCAGACCGAGGCAGCACCCCAACAUCACCUUAUUCAGUACCCCAAAUUGCACCCCUCCCAAGCAGUACCCUCUGUCCUAUAUGCAAGACAACAGAUCUCACCUCUUCUCCUAACCAGCCAAACUUCAACACCUGUACAUGUCACAACAAGGUCUGCAACCAGUGUGGAUUCAACCCCAACCCUCAUCUCACAGAGGUGAAAGAAUGGCUGUGUCUGAAUUGCCAGAUGCAGAGAGCUUUGGGGAUGGACAUGACCACUGCACCUCGUUCCAAAAGCCAGCAGCAGCUGUACUCGCCUUCUCUUUCUCCUGCCCACUCCCCAGCCAAACAGCCCCAGCCCCAGCCCCAGCCCCAGCCUCAGCCCCAACCCCAGCCCCAGCCCCAGCCCCCAACACAGGCUCAGGGGAAGCCUGAGCCAGAGAAAAUCCCUGGAACCACACAGCCUGGGCUCCAACAGGGGCCUGGCGUCCGGCAGGCUGAAGUGCCCAGAACUCCUGUGGUGCCAGGGCAGCGGGAAGCCCAGAGCCAAGGACAGGCCAGAGCCACUGUGCCUCAGGAAGCAGGACGGGUUUCCCCUCAUCCCCAUCCUUCCCCAGUCAAGGGAGUUACUCCAACCCCUGGAUCUGGGGCUCAAGAACAAGCCCAAGAGGGACUCACUGGGAAGCUUUUUGGCUUUGGGGCUUCUCUGCUGACCCAGGCCAGCACACUUAUGUCUGUCCAGCCAGAGGCCGGUCCACAAGGCCAGCCGUCUCCUGGCAAAGGGCCCCCCAAGAUAGUCUUCAGUGAUGCCAGUAAGGAAGCAGGGCCCAAGUCAUCAGGGACCGGACCUGGACCUGCAGCUGGACGGGGACCUGGGCCAGCAUCUGGGGCUGGACCCGGGCCUGGACCUGCACCUGCGGCUGGACGGGGACCUGGGCCAGCACCUGGGGCUGGAGCUGGGCCUGGACCCGGGCCUGGAGUUGGGCCUGGGGCUGGCCCUAGAGCUGAGCCAGGAUCUGGGACUGGGCCUCGGCCUGGGGUUGGGACUGGACCUAAAGCUGGGCCUGGUCCUGGCCCUGCUUCGGGGCCUAAAUCUGAGCCUGGGUCAGGACCUGGGGCUCUUGGCCGACCAGCAGGGGCACCUAGUCCAAAACAAAGUAAGGCAGAACACCAGACUGCACCCAAGGCUGUCCCCAAGCCAAAGGAAGUGCCGAAGGAAAAGGUCAAAUGCCCACUGUGCCAGGCCGAACUCAAUGUGGGCUCCCGGGAGCCAUCCAACUACAAUACAUGUACCACCUGCAAGCUACAAGUGUGCAACCUGUGUGGCUUCAACCCAACUCCUCAUUUGGUAGAGAAAAAUGAGUGGCUGUGUCUGAACUGCCAAACACAGAGGCUGCUGGAAGGAAGCCUUGGUGACCCAGCCCCCGUGCCCAUGCCUACCCCAAAGCAGACACCAACGAGUUCGCCACGACACCAACCCAGCCCAUCCCCUCAGAAGCAGAAGGGGCCACCUGCAGCUGGGCCAGGGCAGCCCACGGGACCCCCCCACACCUCUCCCAGCCUACAGACCAAGCACCUCAGGGCAUCCGAACCCAGCAAGCCUCCAAGCGGCCUGCAGGAGAAGAAACCCAGCGGCCCAGCUGAAGCCAAACAAGUGCCGAAGCCAUCCCCUCUGCCAACCAUGCUCACGGAGGCCCCGAAGACAAAGGAUGGGCCCAAGAGGGCAGAACCGCCUCUCGCCGACAGCAAGGUCAGCUCUACCUCUGAGGCGCCGAGAGGGAGUGAGCACCAGGACCCAAGCAAGCCUUAUUCCCAGGACCUGUCCCGGAGCCCCCAGAGCCUCAGUGAUACUGGCUACUCCUCCGAUGGGAUCUCCAGCUCCCAAAGUGAGAUCACAGGGCUCGUACAGCAGGAAGAGGAGCAGCUGAACACCGCCGGGGUGGUGGAGCCCAGCCCACCGAGCCCCUCAGAACUCAACAAACUGGAAAGCAGCAUGCGGCCCCUCCUGGAGGCCCAGGGCGGUGCCCAGGUGGAACAGGCCAAGGCCCGCCCCCAGCCGCGGGAGGAACCAAAGCAGAGACAGAGGCCUAGAUCCCUUUCUAUCACACCUGAGGCUUUUGACUCUGAUGAGGAACUGGAAGAUAUCUUGGAAGAGGACGAAGAUUCUCUCGAGUGGGAGAACCAGAGAGAUGCGAGGGAUACGGCCGAGUCGUCCGAUGACUUUGGCAGCAAACUACGCCAUGACUACGUGGAAGACAGCAGUGAGGGCGGGCUCUCUCCCCUCCCAGCGCCGUCCACGGGCAGAGAGGCUGAGGGUCCAGACGAAGACUUUAUGAGGAGGCAGAUUUUGGAGAUGAGUGCCGAGGAGGACAACCUGGAGGAGGAUGACACUGAGUACGACCGGGCAAAGUACAGCUUGAGGAAAGCCGGUUCCAAGCCAGGGUUGGAGCAGGGCCAGGAGCCCGCCCCACCCAAGAGGCGGCUGCCUCACAAUGCCACCACUGGCUACGAGGAAGAGCUGAAGGACGUGGGCGCUCCUGAGCCCGAGGACGUGGCGGCCCUCCAGGGGGGCCUGCGCCGCUUCAAGACCAUUGAGCUCAACAGUACCAACAGCUACGGCCGAGAAAUGGAGAUGAGCCAGGAGGCGGACAUCAGCCUGGACAGGGAGCCCGAGCUAGAGAUGGAGAGCUUGACCGGGUCUCCUGAAGACCGCUCCAAAGGAGAGUAUUCUUCCACGCUGCCCGCCACCACCCCCAGCUACACCUCAGGCACGUCCCCCACGUCCCUGUCCUCCCUCGAAGAAGACAGCGACAGCAGCCCCAGCCGCCGGCAGAGACUGGAAGAGGUCAAGCAGCAGAGGAAAGCCCGGCACCGCUCCCACGGCCCCCUGCUCCCCACUAUUGAGGAUUCCUCCGAGGAAGAGGAGCUCCGAGAGGAGGAGGAGCUGCUCCGGGAGCAGGAAAAGAUGCGGGAGGUAGAGCAGCAGCGCAUCCGCAGCACAGCCCGCAAGACCAAGCGGGAUAAAGAGGAGCUCAGGGCCCAGCGGAGGCGGGAGCGGUCCAAGACCCCCCCCAGCAACCUGUCCCCCAUCGAGGAUGCCUCGCCCACCGAGGAGCUGCGCCAGGCGGCCGAGAUGGAAGAGCUCCACCGAUCGUCCUGCUCUGAGUACUCCCCGUCACCCUCUCUCGACUCCGAGGCUGAGGGCUUCGAGAUCGGCCCCUCCAAGCUCUACAAGUCUGGGAGCGAAUACAAUCUGCCCACCUUCAUGUCCCUCUACUCCCCAACUGAGAAGACCUCCAGCGGCACCAGCUACCCUUCCAGCAAGCCCUUGAAAAGCGCCGAAGAGGCCUAUGAAGAGAUGAUGCGGAAGGCUGAGCUUCUCCAGAAGCAGCAAGGGCAGCAGGCCCAGGCCAGCAGCACCUACAGCAGCUCGCGGGGCACGGACCGAGGCCAGGGCAGCUUUGAAUACCAGUACGUUGAGGGCUAUGACUACGUGUCCAGUCAGCUGGGCUCCUCUCAGCCCACCUACGAGCCUGAGGCUGCAGAUGCAGGAGCCGUGUAUGAGGAGAUCCUCCAGACGUCCCAGAGCAUCGCCAGGAUGCACCAGGCCUCUUCCCGAGACCUGGCUUUCCAGGAGGAGAAGAAGGACCGAGAAGACACUUACCAGGAGAAGCAGUUUCUGAAUGCAGAGAGUGCUUACAGUGAGCUGAUGAGGCAGAACGGUGGUCCCCUCACCCCUGGCACCAGCCCCACCCAGCUGGCAGCGCCCAUGGCCUUCUCCUCAGACAGUGGCGGAAGCCGGCUUAUCCCUGAUGUGCGAGUCACCCAGCAUUUUGCAAAAGAACCUCAGGAUGCCCUCAGGCUUCUCAGCUCCCCAGCUUCUUCCAGCUCUGCUCUCAAGGGAGUGACAGCUCCUUUCACAUACAGCAAAGGGACCCCUUCAGUCACAACUGUAGCUUCUAGUAUGGCCAGCAGACCGCGUGUCUACACAGCUGCAAUGUCCCCCGCCGGCCCAGAGCCUGCACUCCCCACCACCGCAAGCUACAGCUCCCAGACCGAAGAGAUGCCCCAGGCUCAGGUCUUCUCUGACAUGGGUGGGUUACCUGCAAGAGAGAGGCUUCAGAGCAUGAGUGAGGGCAAGAUCAGUGCUCCUUUGUCAUCAAAAGGCUAUCCCAGCUUCAAGAGUGCAAGCCCACCCCUCUCCCCAACCUCUCCGAUGGAGGGCCUUCCCUCUGCGAUUGGCAGAAUUGGGCCCAAGUCUACUGCAGAGCUCUCGACCCAGACCCACAGCCCACUUCUCCCCUCUGACAUCCCAAGGAGCCCCAUUUCCUCCACCCCAUCUUCCAUGGUUGCUCAGGGCACACAGACACCACACCGCUCUGGCUCACCUCGCCUCACCAGGCAGCAGUCUUCUCAAGAACCUCCCUUUAUGGUCAUCACCUUAGCUUCAGAUGCGGCCAGCCAAACCCAGCUGGUCAAUGCAAGCUCUUCCACCUCACCAGCGUCAUCUCCGACCAGACGCCAAGCUACCAUUCACAGCUACAGUCAGUCAGUACAGGUCAAUGGAGCACAGUUCCAACAGGAACAGUCAGUGCACAGCUUCCCCAAGGGCGACAGAACCCCCGCUUCGAGCGCCAUCGUCCCCAUGAAUGCUGCCAAGGGGCACGUGACCCCAGUCAUGGACGGCCCAGCAGCUCUGUAUGGCUGGGGCUCCCUGCCCGCUGAGAACAUCUCCCUGUGCAGGAUCUCAUCAGUCCCUGGGACAUCCCGGGUAGAACCAGGGCCCAAACCACCAACUAGUUCUGUGGUAGACCUACGGACAGCCAUGAAGUCUGCCCCAAUCAUCAUCACCGACCGAGGCAUGGACCUGACUUCCCUGGCCGCCGAGGCCAGGAAAUACUGUCUGACAUUGGACCAAUCUCCAGGACGGCAGUCCACCACGAUCCAGCCUCUCAUCAUCAACCUCAAUGCCCAGGAGCACACCCACACCUUCAUUAGCACCUCCACCACUGUCAGCAUCACUGUGGCUUCCUCCAUGCUCGUGUCUCAGCCAAAGCAACCUGUGGUCUAUGGGGACCCUUUCCAGCACCGACUGGACUUUGGACAAGGGACGGGAAGUCCCGUGUGUCUGACCCAGGUCAAACAUGUGGAACAGGCUGUGCAGACUGGUCCUUACCAAGGAGGGCCCCGUGGAAAGCCCAAAGAACCUAGCAGUCCCCAGCAAACCAAAUUUGCCCGGUAUAACCUGCCCAACCAGAUGACACCUUUGGUUAAAAAAGAUAUUCUUGUCACUCAGAUGAGCACCACACAGAACAUUAGCAUCAAGCCAUACCCUGCAGAGCCGAGUUCCGAUGCAUACCGGGGCACGCCUGCAGAGCUCAAAGCGCACAGUGUGCCCACACACGUUGGUGGGAAGAAACCUCAUAUGAUGAUGGUGCAGAUGGAUGACAUGACAGCUGGUGCAGUGACCAAGCUGGUCAAAGAAGAACCCACCAGUGCUUUAGACCUCACUGGGAUCAAACCAGAGAGUCACGUGGCUUGCUGUGAUAUGGUCUACAAAUUCCCCUUCAGCAGCAGCUGUACUGGGACUUUCCAUCCCUCCUCUAAGAUGCCCGAGAAAAAUGUAGUGGACACAGCCCAGCCCAGCCAGAGCAGCCUUCCAUUUUAUGGGCCCCGGGAACCAGACCUUCCCGAGCCAUCCCCGUACAGGGAACAGGCUGCAGCGGGUCCCAGGCUCUAUGAGGAGCAAAAACUGUACUCUCAUGGCCUUACGGGAAGGCUUUACUCGUCCAUGUCUGACACCAACCUGGCUGAGGCUGGGUUGAGUUAUUACCCACACAAAAGUGACCAAUUCUUCCACCCCUCUGGGGGAGACUCAGCUAUGGACCUCACAACCAUGAAGCACUCUUACAGCAUCGGCUUCGAUGGCCGCUACCUGCCCCAGGGAAUGCAGUAUGGCUCCUUCACAGAUCUGAGACAAGCCCCAGACCUGAUGGGACACCCACUCCCCAUGAGAAGGUAUAGCUCAGCAUCAAACAUCUACUCUGAUUAUCGAUACUCGCCCCGAGGGGACCUGUCCGGCUUCCAGGAAUCCAGCCUGGCUCAGUAUAGUGCAACCACAGCCCGGGAGAUCAGCCGCAUGUGUGCGGCUCUCAACUCCAUGGACCAGUACGGAGGACGGCACAGCAGCAGCCCGGAGCUCAUGCAGUAUGGCCCCAGGCCUGGGCCUGGGCCUGGAGCCAGCGCCCAGCAGGGCCUGGCAGCCAUUAAACCCAACGUGAUGAUGAACCCGAACUUCCCUGAAGGCCGGCAGAGCUUUGGGAAGCUAGCCCAGUACGGUCCUGCCGCCGGGCAGGGAGGAGGGGCCAUCAGGCAGCUUUUCCCUUCCACAGCCACCGUGCGUGCAGCCGACGGGAUGAUUUAUUCUACCAUCAACACGCCAAUUGCCUCAACUCUUCCCAUCACCACCCAGCCGGCAUCGGUGCUUCGGCCUAUGGUUCGAGGUAUCUACAGACCCUAUGGCCCGGGUAGCAUUACCCCUGUGCCUCUUGCCAGCUUGACCCGAGUACCCGUGGUUGCUCCCCGGGUUCCCCUCAUGCCGCCGGGGCUCUAUCGAUAUCCAGCCCCAAGCAGAUUCCCGGCCAUCACAACAGCACCUGGGAUUGACGGCCCCUUGUACCUGGGGAAGGCGGGCCUGGCCACCAGUGUGGCUGGGAGCAGCGUGACCCCUGGACCUGCUGGGAAACCAGUGGUGGCGGCAGCAGCUGGAGGUCUACAGAGAACUGAGCAGCCACUGGGAAGCGCUCGAGAAGAGCCCCCAGCAGCAGCCGCUGUAGGAUCCAAAGAGGCGGGCACAGGCCCGCCCCACCUGCCUGGCCAAAAGCAGCCUGGAGAAGCUCCCCCAGCGACCAUCUUGGGCAAAGCAGGGAGUGCCGAGAAAGAAGAGAAGGAGGAAGAGAGGCAGAGGAAGCAGCAGGAGCACCUGCUUCAGAUGGAACGGGAGCGCGUGGAGCUGGAGAAACUGCGGCAGCUGCGGCUCCAUGAGGAGCUGGAGCGCGAGCGCGUGGAGCUGCAGCGGCAUCGGGAGAAGGAGCAGAUGCUGGUACAGAGGGAGAUCCAGGAGCUGCAGACCAUCAAGCACCAAGUCUUGCAGCAGCAGCAGGAGGAGCGCCAGGCCCAGUUCGCCUUGCAGAGGGAGCAGCUGGCCCAGCAGCGCCUGCAGCUGGAGCAGAUCCAGCAGCUGCAGCAACAGCUGCAGCAGCAGCUGGAGGAGCAAAAGAGGCAGAAGGCGCCCUUCCCCCCGGCGUGCGACCCCUCCGGGAGAUUGCCUCCCCAAGCCUUGCCAGAGAUCGCCCUAGAAAUGCAGCGCACCGUGGGCCCGAAUGGUCAGUACUGGCCUCCGAUAAAUCAAGCUUUCAUGGCCACCGCGGCCAUGGGCAUGGAGGGGCCGGGGCAGCCGAGGCCCCUCCCCAGCUCGGCUUCGGACAUGUCUCUGCAGACGGAUGAGCGCUGGGAGACCGGCAGGGGCCUCCAGAAGAGACACUCGAUGCCCCGCCUCCGGGAUGCCUAUGAGAUGGAGGAGGCCCACGAGCCUUACGUGGUCAAGAAGAUCACCGACAGCAGCGUGCAGACUGACGAGGAGGAUGGGGAAGAGCGGUACUUUAUGUCCCGGAGGCGCCGGGCUCGGCGGAGCGCGGACUGCAGUGUCCAGACGGACGACGAAGACGACGCUGAGUGGGAGCAGCCUGUCCGCCGGCGCCGCACCCGCUUCUCGCGCCACUCAGACUCAGUUUCCGACAGCAAGCACGACUCCUCCUCCUCGCCAGGGGGCAAGUCGAGUGUUGGCAUCCAAACCAUCAGUGACUGCUCAGUACAGACAGAGCCCGAUCAGCUGCUGAGGGUCUCGCCUUCCAUUCACAUCACCACCCCAGACCCCAAAGUGGAGAUUAUCAAAUACAUUUCGGCCCCAGAGAAGACUCAGAAGGGAGAGAGCCUAGCAUGCCAGACAGAGCCGGAAGCACAGGCCCAGGGGAUUGUGGUGCCUCAGCUCCCAGGGCCGGCAGCCAUCACCCCCUACACCCCCAGCAUUCAGAUUGUCACCACUGGACCCUUGGAGCCCAGGCAGCAGGGGCCUGGGAAAUUUGAGAAGAAGAAACCGGACCCCUUAGAAAUUGGUUACCAGUCUCAUUUGCCCACCGAGUCCCUCUCCCAGCUAGUAACCCGUCAGCCCCCCAAGUCUCCUCAGGUUCUUUACUCACCUGUCUCUCCCUUGUCCCCACACCGCCUCCUGGAAUCCUCCUUUGCUUCCAGUGAGAGACUGAACAAGGCCCACGUAACACCACAGAAGCAUUUCACUGCCGACAGCGCCCAGCGCCAACAGACUGUGCCUCGCCCCAUGAAAACCAUGCAGAGGUCCCUGUCGGACCCCAAGCCCAUCAGCCCCACUGCCGAAGAGUCAGCCAAAGAGAGGUUCUCCCUCUAUCAGCAACAAGUCCUCCAGGGCAGUCAGAUGUCAGCAUUUCAGGCUAACACCCUCAUUCGAAAGGUGAAGCGCACGCUGCCCAGCCCCCCUCCUGAGGAGGCCCACGUGCCUCUCCCAAGCCAAGCGCACUCCCAGAUGUACAUGGCCAGCCUCCUUCAGAAGGGCCUGGCAGGGCCAGCCGUGCAGGUGACCAAAGCCAGCCUGCUCAAGGAGCUGGACCGAGACCUCAGGCUGGUGGAGCACGAGUCUACAAAGCUGAGGAAGAAGCAGGCUGAGCUGGAUGAAGAGGAGAAGGAGAUCGAUGCCAAGCUGAAGUACCUGGAGCUAGGAAUCACUCAGAGGAAGGGGUCCCUCAUGAAGGACCGCGCUGGCCGAGAUUACCCCUAUCUUCGGUGCCUUGGGGAAAACCGGGAUUACAUGUCCGAUAGCGAGCUCAACAAUUUACGCCUUGCUGGCUACGAAAGCGUCCACGUGAGGCCGAGCACGGCUCCAACCAAUCAGUUUUCUGACUUUUCGGCCACUCAAUACACGUCAGCCUCCUCCUACCCUCCCUAUCAGUACCCAACAGGGCAGGGUCCCCCCCCAGCCCCCACAGCCUUCCAGCACACCCGCUUCCAGCCUCCCCAGUAUCCUGUGGGCAGUGCUGGCCCUGCUCAAAACGGCUUCCAGGCCAACCAGGUACCUGCCUACCCGGCUCAGAACACAUACCCGGCCCCUGCUUUCCCUCCAAGUGCAGGCUACCCCCCUGAACAUGGUCUCCAGGGCCAGCAGAACUUCCGCCCCGCUCCGCACUACCAGCCCCAGACAACUUACCCAGGCCAAAUUCCCCACCCACCCCCUCAAAAUGCCCUCUUUCCAGACCCAUCUGACAGUCACACCUCCCAUCAGAAGCCAAGGCAGACCUCAUUAGCUGACUUGGAACAAAAGGUCCCUACGAACUAUGAAGUGAUUGCAGCGGCCCCAGCUGUAAUGUCUUCGGCCCCUUCAGAGCCCACAUACAGCGCACCUGCGGUGACCAGCAGUUAUGACCAGUACAAGGCUCCGGAGCCCCCCAGGCCUGGCGUGAGCCAGAGCCCGGGGCCCACUUACUCUUCUGAAUCACUGUAUACCACCCUGGAGCAGAACAUUCCUAGGAACUACGUGAUGAUUGAUGACAUCAACGAGCUGACCAAGGACAGCAUGCCCUCGGCGGUAGAAAGCCAGAAGCCAGAGCCCCGCCCCCCAGGCAGUGACGGGCGUCAUGCAAAGGACAAAAGCGACCUGGGAGAGCCCGAAGGCCCCAGUGUUCCCUGCUGUUACCCAAAAGGGGAAGAAGAGUCUGAGGAAGAUGUAUAUGAUCACCAUGGCACUGACCACCGCGGGAAGAGUAGCUAUCACCGGAGUUCAGAGAGCAAUGGAAGGAUGUCAGGCAGUGGAGGGGCAUCCUCAUACUACCAUGGAGACAGUGACUAUAGACACUCAUCUCGACCAGAGAAAUACGGCUCCAGCAUGGGAGGGCCAAAGCACUCCUCUAAGAACCUGGCCCCAGCCGUCAUCUCGUCGAAGCGCAGCAAGCAUCGGAAACAAGGCAUGGAACAAAAGAUCUCCAAGUUCUCGCCUAUCGAAGAGGCGAAAGACGUUGAAUCUGAUCUGGCCUCCUACCCCACAACGCCCUCGGUCAGCAGCAGCAUGUCCUCCAGAGGGAAGAAGUUUCAAGAUGAGAUCACCUAUGGCCUUAAGAAGAAUGUGUACGAACAGCAGAAAUACUAUGGAGUGUCAAGCAGGGACCUGUUAGAGGAAGAUGACCGAGCAUACAGCAGCAGGUCCAGAUCAUCAACUAGUUACGGCAGCGAGAAGUCCAGCCAUGACAUGAGCAGCCGAGGCAAGUCUUAUGAGCGUGAGCGAGAGAGCAUGGAGAGAUUACAGAAGGCCAGCUCGAAGCCAUCGUCCCUGAGCAUGUCCCAGAGCCGAGGGCGGCCCCCCAUGCGUAGCCAGGCUUCUGAAGAAGAAAGCCCCAUCAGUCCGUUAGGAAGGUCUGUGGGAGGACCUCGCUCUUCAGGAGGGCCGCUCCCUCCGGGGGCUGCAGACGGCUGCUCUCCAUUCUGCUCCAGUCACUCCUUGCCUGACGUCCAGGAACACAUCAAAGAUGUGCCAAGAACCCACUCAUACAAGCAUGACGAAGGUUACAACCUGGACGAUUCCCACUGUGUGGUUUCAGACAGUGAAGCUUAUCACUUGGGUCAGGAGGAGACAGACUGGUUUGAUAAGCCCCGAGAAUCCCGUUCAGAAAGGCUCAGACAUCAUGGUGGCCACACCUCCUCCUCCUCCCAGAAAAGACCCCCAGUCAAACACACUUAUCAUGACUAUGAUGAGCCCCCUGAGGAGGACCUGUGGCCACAUGAUGAGGGACCCCAGGGCCGCCAUUCUUCCAAAGAGCAUCGGCACCAUGGGGACUAUGGCCGGCACUCCUCGGGGUCGUCAUCUUCCCGCCACCAGGGUGAGGAGCCUUCUCGGAGGGUCUCGAAGCCACACCCCCGAGACUCCGGCCGCCAUGAAGGCAGACCUCACUCACAGCCUUCUUCCCAGAAGAAGGCUCAGCAGACCGACCCAAGGAGCCAGCCAUCCUACCCCAGCUCCCAGUCGGAAUACUCACAGCCAUCCCGCCAGUCCGUGGCCUACCACCAUCCCUCAGAGCCCAGAAAAGCUCAGCGGCCAGUGCAGUCUGGCCCCUCAGCUCAGCCACCGAAGUCCGAGCCUCUGGCCCACUCACAGCCACAGCAGGCAAGGCAACCUCAGUCGGGACCUUCCCAGCAGCCGCCACCGCAGUCCUCCAGGCAGCAGCAGCAGACGAGCCACGGGCCACAGCCAACUCUGUCUCAGAUACAGCAGACACCGUCACAAGCUCGGCAGCAGCAGCAGCAGCAGGGGAUCCCAGGGCAGCCUUCCCGGGGCCAGCAGCCCCCGGCCGGUCAGCAGGCUGGCAAGUCAGUGCCAGGCCAUCCCCCGUCAGCAGGUGCCCAGCCUGCAGGCCCACUGAAAGCUGAGCAGCUGGACAGCUCCAAACCCACCGCCAAAGUGCAGCAGCAGCAGCAGCAGCAGGGGAGGGGCCCACAUGCCCAGCCACAAGGGGCCACCACUGCAGGUACAAAAGUGGGAGCAAAGCCCGGGGUAGUCCCACCAGCAUCAGGAGCCCCCACGGGCCAGCCUGGGGCCGAUGGAGAAAGCGUGCUCUCCAAAAUCCUUCCCGGAGGGGCAGCAGAACAAGCAGGCAAACUGACUGAAGCUGUGUCUGCUUUUGGAAAGAAAUUUUCUUCAUUCUGGUGAUCCUGUGCUGUAGGAUGUUUUGGAAGAUGAAUGGAGAUAAAGUAAUUCCUGUGGAAAAACCUAUGAAGAAACUAAUGGAUUUCACCACAGCCUAGGACUCUGCGUAUAACACAUCUGAACUCAUGGCAAACCCUAGGCUCAGUGACGCAAACAGGACAGCGAAUGCUUUUCCAGCUGGAGUCACCAGAGUGAGGCAUCUGCCCGGAAGCCCCCCAGGGAGUGUCUCCCUCAGAACUGCUCUCCAAAGACAGUGUCCAUAGUGACUCAUCCUCUCUGGUGAGCAGUGACUAGAAGGAGCCACAGUCAUUCUCGGGGAGACUUUUCUUGAGGAAAACUUGCCAAAGGUCCUGGUUGGGACUGUCCAGAAGCUUGGGGUUCCCACUUUGCCCUUGGAGAAGACUUGAAACUCCAAAGGCAGUGCCCCUGCCCAGCGUUCCCCCUUGCCAAGUAGAGCCUGGAGCAGGGCCCAGGGGCCUUUUCUUCAGGGUUAUACACAGAGUUCCAGCUCAUGCCGACUGGACUUCUUCAUUCCGGGGCCUUCAAAGGUUUUUCCACAGCCUUGGAGAUGGGCUUUGAGUUGAGGGCUGGGAGCCGAGGGCUCCAUUUCCUUCACAUUCCAGUUGGCCCCACAGCUCCCUCUGCGGGCACCCUGUCCUUAGUGAUGGAACUUGUGCAGCGAGGGACUUGUGGGAUUUAGAGAACUUUUAAAAAAAACAAAAAACAAAAAAAAAAACACUAGGACCUAACACUGUUUCAUUAUUGAAAUACGAGGCCAUAGGACUCUGCAAGGCAGCAUGUGCACUGGCUGACUUUUCCCCAGACAGACGGUGGCAGGCCAAGCGUGUCUGCCAGCCACCUUGAAGCCAUCACCGAGCAUUGUAAAACAUCCAAGUGGCAAUGCUUUCAUAACAACCAUCUCCUUAUUUUACCUAUGCCUGAAGAUUUCUUUUUAUUUCAAAAGCAGCCUUAACCAUUCCAAUUUUAUUUACUUGUGUAUACCUCAUAAGCAUUUUUCUUUCAUUUUUCUUUCCUCCUCCUCCCCCAUCUCCCCUUCCCACCCCACCCCCGACAUACUUCUUUUUUUAACUCCUUCCCCCUUUACUCUGUACCUGGUUAUCACGGGGUGUCCUCUGUAGAAGCAAUAGAGUGCAGUAGGCUACAAGAGCCCCACGCGGAGGUGGGAUAACAUCAGAAGAGGUCGCCUCUGCCAUUCUCCUCUUACUGUGCAAUUCAAGUCCUUCUUAAGCCAUUACCGGUGGGCGUGCUCAGAAAUUUAAAAACAAAAACCCACAAAGCCCAUGUGGUUUGAGUUGCCACUAUGAAGUUCCUAGAACCUCUGGCAUGGGAAGUGAGAGGGAGCCGCAGUCAGCAGCUGGUGAGCCCAGGGUAGGGGUGUCCUGGUGGUCGCCAGGAUGACUGCUGUUAAGCCAGUCGCUCUCGCCUCAACAGUGUUCCAGACAACCAACCUGAUGGUCCCAUACAUUGGAGCUUCCCUUCAACCUGAGCAACAGCAACGAGUCUCAUUUCUAACGUUCUAUGCAAUGAAAUACAAAAAAACAAAAAAAAAAACAAAAAAAAUUAAAAAAAAACCAGAACACACUACACCUGUUAAUAUUUAAUAAACUAAAUGUUACGUAUAAGAAUUUAAUUACAAAUGUGCUAUGGAGAAAUUGGAUGGAUAUGUUUCUAGCUAAUACCUGUGUGUGUGGUGUGUGUGUGUGUGUGUGUGUGUGUGUGAAGUUUUCAAUUUGUGGCAUGUUCGACCCAUUCGAAGGACGCGUCGUUGCCAAAGGGUGACCAUGCUGCUGUAAUGUCUCCCGUCCUAGAGUAGAGCAUGGCUUGCUACCUCUUUGCACGAAUUCAUCUACUUUAAAUGCUUGCCGUACUUUGCUCGGGGUUCUUUUUGCCUCAGUCCCUCGCCUAUACUCAAAUGCUUUUUGUCGACAUAUGCACUUGUUAUUGAAGGAUUGUCUGUACUAAUGGGAGAGGUGCCUCUAGUCCAGAGAGAGGUCCUGAGCCCUCCCACCCAUGAUGACCUACUGAUGACUUUUCCCCUCACUGUCUCCUUUCCACAGAUCUCGAGUCCUGUUAACAAGUCCCAACAUGGAAAUGAGCCCACCCCUUCUUGUGCCCCCAUAACCCAAUAUAUUCCUCUUCAGUAGAUCAUAGGAGUUAAAAUGGGAAAAGGCUUUUGAGAAAAUCUAAUCCGACCCCCUGCCCCUUCCCGUUUUAGAGAUAUGUCAGCUGAGGGCCAGAGAAAGAGGAGGCAGUAACUUGACGAAGGUCACAUAGAAAGUAAAUAGUCAACGUGGGAUAUGAGUCUGAGCCAUCUGACUCCAUAUUCAGCGCCCUUCUCAUUGCACCAUUCUUCCCAAAGAACCACCGCUAUUACCACGUCCCCACAGAGAUCAUACACCCCAAUGCCUGUAGCAGAGACAAUACUACAAGCCUUGAACUGAAGAAGAUAAAAAGCAAUUCAGAAGAGAGUCGGAGCAGUCCCAGAUAUCUCUCCUUUCUAUCCUUAAAUGAACUUAUCUUACCUUCAUUGGCCCCAGUUGUGAGGAUUCCCCAAGGACUGUGCUCAGGGCUUCGAAAACUGUCUGUUCAUAGUAAACUGGAGCCUUCAGCCUCUGUGAAACUCAAAACCCAAGGUAGCUACAUUGGCCCAGGGCUUUGCUGGAGUGGGGGAGGGGGGAGCUAAACAUCCAUUUUCCAAAAAAUGGAUUUGAUACCAAUGGGCUGUGGGUUAGGACUUGAAAGGUUGUUUUGUUGGUUGUCCUGUCAUGGAUAGGUUUUUUUGUACCUUGACUUUAUCUGUGCUGCUAAGUCCUGACUAAAGCAGGCCAUUUCUGAAAGGGGAUGGAGCUGCUAAGGAGCUAAAGUGAGUACCAAAUCUCAGAUUGCUCCACUACCCCAGGAGGAAGGGCUAGGACUCAGGAUUUGGAGACCUCUUUUCUUAGCUCUGAUCAAAGAGAGACUUUCUAAGAACCUCAGCCCAUAUCUAAAGCUUAAAAAAAAAAAGGCCCAAAACUUUCAAAGGCUGUAGAAAGAAAAGGGCCAAGAAUGGCAAAAGGAAUAUCCUUGGCAUUUAUGAAGACUAGUGUUAGAGCUGCUGACCUUUGGAAAUGAAAUAAGACAGAUUGGCAAUGGAUAUCCAAACUCUGGGUAGGAUCCUUGAGGGUUUCUGGAUUGGUGAGGUACCAAGUUUUUCUUUCCUUAGACCACCAUUUCUAAGACAGCACUGACUUCCAUCGUGCCUUGGGAAGUUCCCAGGGGGCCCAGGCACAUCAAAGGCAUUGAGCCCACAGCCUAGCCUUUUUCCAGAGCUAUUCAGGUGGUACCAUGCAUUUCUUAGGAGUUCCUGUUUCUUAUAUUUUUUUUUCUUGGCAGCUUUUGGACUCAGGAGGGGAGACCUCUCUCUGUUACUUGUCUCCAUCAGAUACUCCAGGCCUUGAAGCCUCCUUGCCUAGAGCUCAUAUUGGUCUGGUUUUCCCCAAGGACAUAUCCUGGUCCCUCUAUCUGAGUCCAGAAAAGCCUUGGUAGACUAUCCCAACAACCUCCAAAGGGUUUAACUCAUCUCAAAGGGCUGUGCAUCUUAGCUGCCAUUUGAGUGGAGGAGACUUUCCUAGCCCCCAAGUCAGCAGGGACAAAUGGCUGAGAAAAGGCUACUUCUUAAUGGAAAUGAAUGAGACAUUAUUAGGCAGGAGACUAUUUGUGGGAAGACAAUGGGGAUAAGGAUCUGCUUUCACUCGGUCUUCAUUCUCCCCAGAGAUAGACAAGAAGGGCCUUCAUGGCCUUAGCUCUAAGGGUAAUUGGCAGGUGACUCAUGUGGUGAGCAGUUCCCAGUCUGGGUAUUGACCAGUCAGCAUUUGUAUUAGGGAUGGCCUGAAUUUCCUUCUGCAUGGCUGUUGGGGACUAGUAUUUUUAAUGGCAUCUGCCUUUUGUUUCAUUCUCCUCAUUGAAGUAUGAAAUGGAAUGGAAUGGGAUGGAAUGGAAUAAGCAUUUAUUAAGCGCCUACUGUGUGCCCAGGCAUGGUACUAAGCGCUUUACAAAUAUUAUCUCAUUUGUAACAAUACCUCUCACUGACACGGCCUCUUCAAAGGAGCUCGACUCACCUUGUGUGUAUGAUCUUUUCUAAUUAUCUACCAAUGUGUGUAAAGUAGGGACGAGGAAGUAUUACCUUUCCUGUUUUCCGGAUGAGGAAACUGAGGCAGAGAGCUUCAAUUACUUGACCAAGACCAAACUACAAGGUAUGAGCAGAGGGUUCCUUUCUGUGAUAAGUCCUUACCCUCUGUCUUAUCCUUCUUCGCUAGCCUGGACUGUGUGUGAAGUCAGUCUCUAUCCCAAACCCAUCUCUCUGAGCUCCCAAAUGGCACCUAAGAGGAGGCUCUUGGCUGGAGAACUGUCUGGUACCUGAUCUAGAACACUUUCCAUGGAGGUCAAGAUAACACUUUGGGCAGUUCAGAUGAAGGUGCUUGGCACUAAGUCCUGCUAAGGCACCAGGCCCAAGUGACGUGAGGGUAUUACCUGCCACAUGGAGCCAAGAGUACUUGGGAUGUCACUGGAAUAGGAGGUGGGGAGAGGAUAGAGUAGGCAGGGUUCUGGAUCUCUUCUACUGCGUGGGGGUCAGGGGUCGGGUGCUUCCACACAUACUUUAUUUGUACCGAGAACUCUUUCCACCAAUGGAAAGAGUGUUCUCUCCAUCCUUCGCCUUUGACAGUCCCGGAGGCUACACCAGGCAGCCUCCUCUUUGGAAAGCACACACACUCACUACAGCCCUGUUAUCAAUAGCUCUUUCACCCCUCCCCAAUCCCAGAGAUAAUCAUAGAACUUUAGAUCUGGAAGGGGUUCUAAAGAUCCUCUAAUCCAUUUCGCUUGUUUUGGAGAUUGAGAAACUGAGGCUGAGAGGGCUGACCUGGGUGACCCUAGAAGAUGAAAUCAGUUGGAGGCAGGCUUGGAACUAGCACCCAGGGUCCCUGACCUCCAAUCUAGUAGUAUAAAUGCCACCCUGCCUCGGAGAGGGGAGACGAUGAGCUUCUCUGACCAGUUCCUGCCCUUGGAUCUGAUCAUUUCAUAACAUUUAGAACCAAGCAAAAGCCAAGGAGAUCUUCAUUCCCUUACUAUCAUGAGAUACACCCACGCUCUUUGUCCAUGUUGUUGGUUGUCCAAAAGCAGUGGCCUUCCCUUCAGAUACCCCCAGAAUGGCCAGUAUUUCCCAGAACCACUGGCAUGACAAGUGCAUACAGUCCGACGUCCUCCCGGGCCCUGUUCCCCAGUGGGUCAUCUCUCUUGGGGUCACCAUGACCUGCCCUCCCCAUUCCUGGCAUGUAAAUACAUUGUACAGUGUGUAAAUCUCACAUGGCAAGGAGAACAAAACCCAAACCACAACUCGUGUUGGGGGGUUCACUUCCCAGCACCAGCACACCUUUUGCUUUGAUGUACAAAAAGAGAAAGCCAAUACUUUAAUGGGUGUGUGUGUGUGUGUGUGUGUGUGUGUGUGCGCGCGUGUUUGGGGGAGAGAGACUGCCUCAUUUAGUCCUUGGGAUUGAAGCCCACACCUCUUCUGCCUUCCUCUAACCUUUCCUUCUCUUCCCUCUAGACUUCUCCCUCCUCUCUCUUCCCCUCUCCUUUCCCAAGGUAGAGGAGUCAUCUGUAGAGUUCUUAUGGUUUUCCCAGCCCCUUCCACCUGGUGGCUUCCAUGCCUUUCUCGGGCUAUUCCAUUUUGGGGUGGGGUUUUUUUGUUGUUGUUGAUGGGGCAAGGGUGGGGGGGGGGUUGUACAAAGUCAAACCAACAAGUUUACAGUUGUAAGUGCAAUGACCUAAGUCCUCUAUCUGAACAUUGUAAAUUGUGUGUCUGUCCUGCUGCGCCCUGUGAGAACUCUGUAGUAUUUCAAUGUACCACCUUCUGUAUUGUGACUCAGUAUGAGAUAUUGCCCCUACAAGGUAUUUCUGUGAUAACAGAAUAAAAGGACUUGAUAUAAAGCA